UAUCGAGCGCAAAGUCCUCACCAUAAGAAUUACUCCCAAGGUUAUUCUUCUGGAAGACUGUAUUCAUCAUGUCCAAGGUCACAGUCGCUGGCGUGCGCCAAAACGUGCAACAACUUCUGGAUUACUCCAACAACCAGAAGAAGAGAAACUUCCUCGAAACCGUCGAGCUCCAGAUCGGCUUGAAGAACUAUGAUCCUCAGCGUGACAAGCGUUUCUCCGGCACCAUCAAGUUGCCCUCCGUUCCUCGCCCUGGAAUGAGCGUCUGCGUUCUUGGUGACCAGCAUGACAUUGACCGUGCCAAGCACCACGGCAUUGACGCCAUGUCCGCCGAUGAUUUGAAGAAGCUUAACAAGAACAAGAAGCUCAUCAAGAAGUUGGCUCGCAAAUACGAUGCCUUUGUUGCUUCCGACUCUUUGAUUAAGCAGAUCCCCCGUCUUUUGGGUCCAGGUCUCUCCAAAGCCGGUAAAUUCCCUACCCCUAUCUCCCACAACGAAGAUCUCGCGGGCAAGAUCAACGAUGUCAAGUCCACCAUCAAGUUCCAGCUCAAGAAGGUGCUCUGCAUGGGUGUCGCUGUUGGAAACGUUGGCAUGACCGAGGAUGAGUUGAUCUCUAACAUUAUGUUGGCCAUCAACUACUUGGUCUCCUUGUUGAAGAAGGGUUGGCAAAACGUUGGCAGCUUGACAAUUAAGGCCACCAUGUCUCCUCCUAAGAGACUCUAUUAA